UAUCUAUGUUAUCUAUGUAUUUGGUAAUAAGAAAAAUUGAAAAUUUUUUUAACAAAAUUCAAUGGGAACAAAAAUGAGCAUAAAUAAAAGAUGGGCCUGCGAACAAUUACAAUAACGGUUUAUUAUUUCAGUGCGGGAAACGUGUUCAGCGUUCAAAAACAAAAAAAGAAACAGAAGAGAAGGAAGAAAAAGAAGAAGAAGAAGUAAAUAAUUGAUACAGGAUCCCUAGACUACGUUUAUCGGUUGCGCGCAUGUGUCUCGAGUCUGUUUUAACAGUCGAAAUCGAGAUUCGUUUGAUAUCGUAUCCUAUCAUAAUAUUAUUAUGUUGUGUAGCGGCGCUCUUAACCGCUUUGUUUUUUUUCUUUCGAGUUAGAAGCAUGUUAAACGUAUCGUAUUGUGGAUUAAUAAUCUUUUAUAAAGAUAUAAACAAAUUGCUAUAUAGGUGACUAAUUUGUACAAUGAUCCGUAGAAGAUAUGCAAUAUGUACGUAAAUACACUAAAAGGAAUUUAUCGGAGUCUUCUAAGAUGAAUGUUCGGCUGUAUGGAAUAGCUGGAGCCAUUACAAUACUUUUGAUUGCCAUUUUUGGUCUAGGCGUGAUAGUUAAAAUUUUUAUUUUUUUGCUUGUUUUAAUACUAGGAAUAAUGAUUUAUGUAAAUAAAAUAACUACUCUUAGCGAUAAAAAUUCUCUAAUAUCAGAGCGGGAGGAGAUAAUCAAAAAGACUGAUCAAUUUCGGCAGUAUAUUUUUAAUUUAUCCAAGGAAAAGAUUACUUUUACAUUAGAUAGAAGAAUAACUGGCAGCUCUAUUAUUGAUGAAUCUUUGCAAGAAAUUUUAGACUUUAUCAUCAGAGAUUAUGUGCAAAGUUGGUACGGCUCUAUUACAGACGAUAAAGAAUUUCUCUAUUCAGUUCGCAAUAAUGCUCAAAAAAUUGCCAUCAAUAUAGCAAAUCGGAUAAAAGCCGUCGACUGGAUACCGUAUUUAACUACGCGUCUUGUUGAUGAUGCUGCUUCGCAUAUGAGACUGUAUCGUCAAGCUCGAGUAAGGAUUAAAGAACUUAGAGCGCAAAAAUUAUAUAAAGGCAGCGCUAGCUCUAGUACUUCAGGUGGAACACCGAAAAAAGUGCCCACACAUAGGCGGAACAAAAGUGAAACAGAUAUAUCUUGGUACACACAGUCUAAAUUUUACACUCCUAACUUAUCGUCUCUCAUCGAACCUAUCGAAUUUGGAGAUCAAGGCGAGGAGGAAUCUUUAGAGAAAAUAUUCUUCGACCUUGAAGUACAAAUGGAAAAUAAUUUGAUAUGUAGAGACGUUGUAUGCACAAACAAAUCUCAGGAGAAAGAAUUAUUAUGCGAAAUAUCGGAAGGUCUCUUAUAUUUAAUAUUGCCAAUGGAAGAUUACAAUUGUUUAACUGUAAGAUAUUUUUUAAAAGAAUUAUUAGCGAAUGCCAUAAUUAGACCAUUAUUGAAUCUAUUCUCUGACCCUGAUUACAUUAAUCAGGCAUUUAUACGGCUGUGUAGUAAAGAAAGUGGAUUACCAAGUGAUAUCUUUCUAACGGUAAUUAGAAUGACCGAUAAUUUGGAAGAAUUAGUGGCAACUAAAAAUAUUAUUUCUAAGGAAAUAGCACAUCUGCGUUCAAAAGAUUUAACUGGAGAUGAUGAUUUGUCAGCUAAGCAACGAUUAAAUAGUUUACUUUAUUUUAAAAAAAUUUUGGAUGCAAGGAUUGUUGGAAUGCAAGAAGGUUUAGAAUCAGAGGUAGAUGGAAUUGGCACUCAACCAGAAUGGAAUAGAUUAAUUGUUCCUGGUCAAAAAUUAGUUAAUUUGCCAUUAGAUGAAUUGUUAAAGAAUAAUAUUGCACUUAGUUAUUUUAUCGAUUAUAUGACUUCUAUAAAUGCCGAGGCAUAUUUGUACUUUUAUUUAAAUAUAUACGGUUGGAGAGUAUCAGCGGAGCAACAAAUAGCAGAUAUUCACUUACAAAAACUACAAUCUGGUCCUUCGACCUCAAAUAUUGCCACUACUAAACGUAAAAAUAUAGAUCUAGAAAAUUUAAAAGAGGCUGCUUUAAAAAUUCAUCAACAGUAUUUAAGCGAUAAAGCGUCAUCUAAGUUACAGUUGGAUGAUGUAUUAGUAAAAAAUUUAGUAAUUAAAAUAAAAACCGAAACUGUUAAGGAAGUCUGGUUUGAUGAUCUUUUAGUUUGUUGUUACGAAAAGUUACAGAACGAAGAUAGGUUUUUACCUAGUUUUAAAAAAUCACUUGCCUAUGUCAAGCUUCUUGCUGAAUUAGAUUUGCUGAAAGAUCCAACCUCCGAGGAUGAUACUAAAUCUUUAAAAAGUAUAAAUAUAACCAGCGUCAAUGACGAAUUAAGCACAUUGCCAAAUUUAACGGAAAGCUAUGAUAACAAUGAAACGAAUAUAACAGCAAGAAAAGAAAACAAAUUGAAGUCAAAUUCUUCGUUAAAUUUGGCAGGUACCGUUGAAUCAAGCGAAUUUAAGUUGUGCAGCAAUAUAGAAAAAAAAUCUUUAAGUAAUACGAAAGAUAUGAAAAAUAUUCAGAAGGAAUCAAGCAUAGAUUUGGAUCAAAUUAAUGAAGGAAAAGAUGCAGCUUUUUAUUUAGAUUCAAACUCAGAUAAAAGUAUUAUGUUGGAUGAAAAUAAUUGUGAUUUAACUGUUAUUAAAAAAUUACAGCAAGGUCGAUUUGAAAUUACUGCCAAAAUAAUUGAAACUGGUAUUGUUAGCGAUCGUGGGAAAACGUAUGGCAUAUAUGCCGUCGCUGUUACCAAAUGUUACGAUUCGGGUUAUCAAGAGAAAUGGCACAUUUAUAGAAGAUAUUCUGAUUUCUAUGACCUGUAUCAAAAGAUAAAAGAAAAGUAUUAUGAUUUGGCCAAAAUUCCAUUUCCUGCCAAGAAAGCUUUUCAUAACAUGGAAAGAACUGUGUUAGAAAAAAGAAUGUUAAUGCUAAAUACUUGGCUGCAUCAACUAACAAAGCCAACAGUCGUCGAUGGCCACAUGGGUUUACAAAAUCUUUUAUUAGCAUUUUUAGAACAAGGAGAUUACGACAAAGGUGUUACUGGAGGUCAAAUCUCACGAACGUUAGAUAAUUUAAUGAAUCCUUUAAAAACAUCUAUGAAGAAUGUGACGCAAGCAGUUAAGACUAUGCCAGAUAAUAUGUUAAGUACGGUAGAUGGUGUUAUGGAUAAUAUAAGUAAAUUUUUUGGCAAUCCAAAAAAAACGAAUGUAUUUUAUGAACACGCUAAAGUUGGUGCUAGCUUGGACGUAGAAACUAACGAUAAUAUUCCAUUGAGGAUAAUGUUAUUAUUAAUGGAUGAGAUUUUCGAUUUAAAAGUAAGAAAUCAGUGGUUAAGACGACGAAUCAUAACUUUAUUAAGACAAAUUAUUCGUACUAUGUUUGGUGAUAUUGUGAAUAGAAGAAUAAUAGAAUAUGUUUCAUUCAUGACUAGUCCCACAAAAGUAGCCGGAUAUUUACGAUUUAUUAAGAAUAGUUUAUGGCCGAAUGGUAUUAAAGCAGAAAAUAAACCUAAUCGAGAUUCGGAAACAAGAAAUAGAACUCGAGUGAUAGCCAAAGUAGCAUUGCUCUCUUGUUUUUCAGAUGAUUUAAAGCAUAUCAUAGGUAGCGAAACAACAAGACAUGGGCUUCUAAGGGUGUUUGAAUUAUUUCAACAACCUGUAUUAAAUAGAAGAUUAUUAUAUGUAUUACUCGAAGGAAUUUUAGAAACAUUAUUUCCAAAAAAUAAUUUAGGAGAUACGUUUAAAAAAGUCUACUCUACAUCUUCUCGUUUGAAGGAUAAUAAAACGAAAACGUAACGGGUUUAAGGAUGAGAAAAAGAUCCAGAUCUUUUGAAAGUGAAAUUAAAUAAUUGAGACGCAAUCGUAUCUAAUUUGGACUCGAUAAAAAUGUUUUGCAUUAACAAAUAAUGAACUUGAAAUAAAAUGAAAAUGAAAUUACACACUUUCUAGAAUGGAUCUUCAAUAAUAAUCUAAUAUAUUUAUAUAUCAGUUACAAUAUAUUGGCUAAGACCAAUUUAAUAUUUAAGAUAGAUAAAUUGAAACAUACGUUAUGGUUUCUAUAAAUUAUCUCAGUAUCGCGUUGUAUUAAUUUAUAUAUUUGAUUUUUUCUUUGUUCGUUUUGGUUUUUUUUUUGCGUAUAUUUUU